CCUCCAGAUGACUCAUAUGGCCUGCAGACAGCAGAGGCUGAACGUGUGUCGUGCUUAUAUGUGAUGAGUAUAAGACUGUGCCUCAUAGUGUGAGUCCGUCCGCUAGUGACUCAUCGUGAACCCACCACGUGCCAAGAAGUUUGUUUUGUGUUAAGAGACUAGUUAUGGAGGCAACCAUGUACGAGGACGGGUCGUACAACAACUACUCUAAGGAAAGUGUUAACCAGAUGAAACGCAAAUUGACGCUGGAUUUCACCAGACCGUCCAAGAAACAGCGACCAGGAGGCAAUUUCAACCCACUUCUAACUUCCCCGGACCUCAACCAGCUGAAGUUAGCCUCUCCCGAGUUGGAGAGACUGAUUAUGCAGCAGGGGAGCACCAUCCUCAACAGCAACACGGUGACGACGCCCUCCCAGUUCUUCUUCCCCAGCAAAACCGCCACCGUCGAGGAGGAAGAAUUCGCCAAAGGAUUUGAGGACACUUUGGAACAGCUGCACCACCAGGAUGCCAUCUCCACCAGCGGUAGCGGCACGGUCGUCGUGACCAGCGUGGCCCCUUCAGUGUCUUCGGCGCCCCUUCAGUAUACCCAGCUGGAUGUGCCCAUCCACCAACACCACCACGCCCACCACCCCCAUCAGCAGGUUCCUGUGACAUCGGGCGCGGCCGUAUCGCUAUCGGUGAGCGAGUCCCAGCACCAUGUGGCGGCGCAUCUGGGCCUGUUGCCACCUGCGCACAUCAAGGAGGAGCCGCAGACGGUGCCCAGCGUGAGUGGCUCGCCUCCGCUAUCGCCCAUCGAUAUGGAGUGCCAGGAGCGGAUCAAGUUGGAGCGCAAGCGGCUGCGGAAUCGAAUCGCGGCGUCCAAGUGCCGCCGUCGGAAGCUGGAGCGCAUCAGCCGUCUGGAGGAGAAGGUGAAAACGCUCAAGGGCGAGAACAUGGAGCUGCAGGCGGUGGUCAACAAGCUCCGCGACCAGGUGUGCUCGCUCAAGCAGGAGGUGAUGGAGCACGUCAACUCAGGGUGCCAGAUCCCCUUCGUAACGCACCAGUGACGUGACGACGAAGCACCGUAACGUGCCAGAUCACCCACGACCGCCCGCCCGCCCACAGCCAGCCAGACCGCCCGCCCGCACGCCCGCAAUGGACCCAUCCUGGCUGGCCCGCGUGUUUGUGUGGCCCUGUGCGAGGCUAGCGCCGUACCCUCCCUACAGCAACCUGUAGGAGGCCCGACGGCCGCAGUUGUACACGGAGUUGUAUGUGGAUGCCCGAGACCUGGUUUCUGUGAGAGGCAGCCAGGGGGGGCGAAUCCCGGUGAGGGCGGGAAAUAUGUUGUACCGGGGCUGGGGGAGCAGAACCACUAUACCGGGGUCGUUCUAGUCAAGUGAGCGCGUGGACUCGGCCGCCAUAGUGCGCUCGCCGCCCACCCGCGCCCACCGCACGCCCGCGACGCGAGGCGACGCCCGCGCCUAAUGUGAUAGUGCCGCGUGUAUGCAAAAAAUGUGCUAAAAUACUUCCAUUUUUAUUCUUACUACUGCAGUGCUUUACCAGACACGAAUUUUUUCUAUGGAACACCCAGUCAUGGCCCAGCCGUCACUUUGUUGGUUCACAGAUCUAUUGCUGUUUCUAUUUCUUUAUGCAGUUUGAUGUACAAGGUCAGUCAGUGAUACCCCUUCUAAGUCAUGUCAAGAAUUUCGUACCUUGUGUUGUAACUAAGUAUUACCGUGAUAUGAAAGUGAAAUGUACGAAUGAAUUUUUAUAUAAAUUAUGUAUAUUUUAUAUGCAAAUGAAACUAUUUCUUGAUUUAUGCAAAAUGUGCAAAGCAAACUUUUGUAUGAAGCUUUUCUUAUUUAUAAAAAGAAAAAUCUUAUAAAAA